UUGUACUGAACGUUAGAAAAAUCACGUGUUGCAAAAACUGUUCGAUUUUAUAUAAAUUUUGAAUUGUUCAACUACUGAUUUUGUUAGUAAUCUACCAUUUUUAUAUUGUAUUUAAAAUUUGUUUAUUUAAAAUGCCAAUAGAUACGGGUUUUUCUACAAAAGCUAUACAUGCUGGUCAAGAUCCAUUGCAAUGGAAUCAUUGUGCAGUAAUACCUCCUAUUGUGAUAUCCACUACUUUUCGUCAGGAUGCACCUGGACAAACUAGAGGCUUUGACUAUGGAAGAAGUGGCAAUCCUACAAGAACUGUCUUAGAAACAUGUUUAGCUGCUCUAGAAGAUGGAAAAUAUGGAUUUGUAUUUUCAUCUGGUUUGGGUGCUACAACAGUAUUAACUUCAUUAUUAAAUGCAGGAGAUCAUAUUAUAUCUGGAGAUGAUAUUUAUGGUGGAACCUACCGUUUUUUUCAAAAGUGUUUAUCUACACAAAAUAUUCCAAUCACAUUUGUUGAUAUGGUAGAUGUUAACAAUAUUAUAACCAAUAUAAAACCAAACACAAAGAUGAUUUGGUUAGAGACACCAACUAAUCCUUUACUUAAAUUAGUUGAUAUUCAGGCUGUUACUCAAUCAGUAAAACAAAAAAAUCCUGAAAUUAUUGUGGUAGUGGAUAAUACUUUCUUAACAUGUUAUUACCAAACACCAUUAAAGUUAGGAGCAGAUAUUGUAGUAUACUCUGUGACAAAAUAUAUAAAUGGACAUUCAGAUGUUAUUAUGGGUGCAGCAAUUACAAGUAGAGAUGAUAUUGCUGAAAAAAUUAGAUUUUUACAAAAUGCUAUGGGUAUUGUUCCAUCACCUUUAGAUUGUUUCCUAGUUAAUCGCAGUUUAAAAACUCUGGAACUUAGAAUGCAGCAACACAUGAAAAAUGGAUUAGCUGUUGCAAAGUUUUUAGAAUCUCAUCCAUACGUAGAAAAAGUAAUACAUCCAUAUCUUCCCUCACAUCCACAAUACUCAGUUGCCCUUAAACAAACAUCUGGUCAUAGUGGAAUGGUUUCAUUUUAUCUAAAAGGUGACUCUUACAAAUUUCUAAAGGCAUUAAAAGUAUUUACAUUAGCAGAAUCACUUGGUGGUUAUGAAUCUCUUGCUGAGUUACCAUCUGUGAUGACUCACUCUUCGAUUCCUGAAGAAGUUAGAAUAUCAUCAGGCAUUAAUGAUCAGUUAAUUCGUUUGUCUGUUGGUCUUGAAACAGAACAAGAUAUUUUAGCUGACCUCGACUAUGCUCUUAAAGCUAGUCAAUGAAUAUAUUAACAUAGUGAAAAAUAUUAUAGUUUAAAACUAAUAGAAAAUUAUAUUGGUUGCAUAUAAUGCUUAACGUUUCAUCGUUACAAACCAAAGUUAAUCUAUUUUUAUGAAGAUUUAUUGCCAUUCAAAUUUUAACA